UCUGCACUCUGUCUACUUUGUGACUUUGUAAUCUCUCUGAUACACACAUAUGUGUGUGUAUAUAUAUAUAUAUGCAAAUCAUUUACUGCACGGGUGUUUGUCGGUGGACUUGAGGUACCACUAGCAAAAUUGCUUCAUUCAUGUGGUGAAUUUGUGUUUCUUCCACAUUAAUCUUAACGUUGCAAUUAAAGUCGUUUUUUGGGUUCAUUCAAUUCUGGUCAUCAUCAAUCUUCAUUUCUCGAUCAGCUUCGUUGAUAGUGAUAAUGGUGGUGACCCAUCAACUGUAUCAGCUACACUGCUAAAAAAAAAAAAACCAAGAAAUUUAACUCAUGGACAACAAGUCAUGGCUUUGGAGGAAACGAUCUUCGGAGAAGACCAUCAUUGCAAAAGACCGUCCCGACGCAUCUCUGAAAGGAAAUGAAGAAGGGGUUGUGGAACCUCACCCAUUCUUUGUGGUUCCAACAGAGAAAGAAUUAUGUCUGGAGAACUCUGUGAAAAAUCUAAAUGAGAAGUUAGCUUCUCUCACCAGUGAGUGUAAAGCUAAAGAUGACCUUGUAGCAAAAUAUGAAAAAAUGGCACAAGAAGCCAUUGCAGGCCGGGAGAAGGCGGAGACAGAGAUAGUGUCUCUAAAACAAGAAUUAGAUGAAGCUUCACGGGAGAGACUUGCUGCAAAUGAAAGGUUAACUCACCUAAACGUGGCAUUGAAGGAAUAUAUGCAGCAGUUAAAUUCUGUUCGUGAAGAACAGGAACAAAGAGUGCAUGAUGCUGUUAUGAAGACUUCAAGAGAAUUUGAAAAAUCACAGAGAAAAUUAGAGGAAAAAUAUACGGAAACCUCUAAAAGGCUUGCAAACUUGAGCGUUGAGAAUACUCAACUAAAAGACGCCCUAGUACUGAGAGAAAAAUUGAUUGAAGAUCUAAGCAGACGAAAGUCUCAGACUGAAGCAGAGUUCGAUACAUUAAUGGUCAGACUAGAUUCUGUUGAGAAAGAAAAUGCUUUUCUGAAGUAUGAGUUUCACAUGCUUGAGAAGGAGCUGGAGAUUCGGAAUGAGGAAGUAGAAUUUCAUCGCCAAUCUUCUGAUGCAUCACACAGGAAACAGAUGGAGGGUGUAAAGAAAAUCUCCAAGUUAGAAGCAGAAUGUCAGAGAUUACGUGUCCUAGUACGAAAGCGGUUACCAGGUCCUGCUGCUUUGGUGAAGAUUAAAAAUGAAGUUGAAAUGCAGGGAAGAAAUCAAACAGAGGUGAGAAGAAAGUUGAAUCCUAUAACUGGAGGUUUGGUUGUUAGAGAUGCCACACGAGACAACCCUCUUGAAAUUCCUAGCAAAAAGGUCAGUUUCUUGAUCCAGCGACUGUGUGACACAGAAGAAGAAAACAAAAUUCUCAAAGAAAUUUUAGGAAAGAAAGAAAAUGAACUCCAUUCUUCGAGAAUCAUAUGUGUUCGAACAGCUUCCAAAUUAUCACAGGUUGAAGCUCAGCUUAGAGAGCUUUCAAAGGAUCACCAAUCUAUGGAGUUGGUUAGGUGCAGUCCCAUUUCAAAUGAACUCCCUCUGACAUCUGGUUGUGACUUGGGCAAUGAUGAUGAGACUGUUGGCUCCGGGUCAUGGGCUUCUGCCUUAAUUUCAGAAUUGGAGCAUUUCAGACAUGGGGAAGCCAAGAAUUUUCCUGAAAACAAAACCAGGGUUUCAGACAUGAGUCUAAUGGAUGAUUUUGUUGAGAUGGAGAAGUUAGCAAUGGUUUCUGUUGAAAACCCUUCUGGAAGUUCUUUCGUUACUUCAGAAACAAGUCGUGCAUCAAGUGGGUAUGAUUUGGAUAUAACUGGUAUGGAACUAGUUCCAGUACAAGUUGAUUCCGUAGACUUGGAACCGGAAAACCAAAUGAGAGAUGGAACAACUGGAGAAUCCUCUAAUUGGCUUCAAAGUGUGUUGAAGAUCAUCUUGGACCAAAACCGUGCCUCGAAAAGAAACCUUGAUGAACUGCUGGAGGAUAUUAGAAUUGCUUUGGCUUGCGUGAAUCAUUCAAGUGCCGAUGCAGCUACUAAAGUGAAAAGCUCAAAGCAUUCUGGAGCGUCUGACUCACUCCCUAUUAGCGGCUACAUCACUUGGAGAUCUCCAAAUUCUUCUCCAAGGGUGAAUGCAUGCAAUCGUGUUUCUAAUAGUGAUGUGUCAGUGGAAAGAUCAUGCAAUGAACAUGUUCAUUCCAAUCUGAGUACGUCGAUUUGUAAAAUUAUUGAGCUUGUCAAAAAGAUUGAUUCAACAUCUUUAAAAGAGGGUAAUAGUCCAGACAAUUUGUCAGACAGAGAUAAGAGUGGCUUAUCAAAUAAAAAUUCAGUAACACCUGCAGAGUACUCGUUUCAUAUUUUCCGAUGGAAAAGUACUGAUUUGAGCACUGUUUUACAGCAUUUUGUUGAAACUUGUAACAAUCUGUUAAACGGGAAAGUGAGUUUUGAAAAAUUUGCUGGGGAGCUGACAUAUGCGUUGGACUGGAUCAUAAACAACUGCAUUGUCUUCCAAGAUAUUUCAGGUUUGAGAUGUAAAAUCCAGAAGCAUUUUGGUUGGGAUGGAGAAAAUAAAAGUGAACCUGGAGUUGAAGUCAAAGAGCAGUCAUCAUGUUUGCCCUUGGAUGCUUGUUCACAUAGUCAAAAUGUUCAAGUCCAAGUGGAAAAGAUUCAGACUGAACUGCGAGCAGAAAAUAAGAGAUUUGAAGAUGAUUUGAAGAAGAUGGCAUCUUCACAGAGGGAUUUGGAAGUGAAGCUGCAAUCAGCGAACGAUAAGAGCGAGGCCUUGAAAAUUCAACUUCAGGAAUCGGAACGAAGAAUUGGAAGUUUAAAUGCAGAACUGGGAACUUUGAAAGAAUCCAAGAGAAGUAUUGAGGAUCAGAUCGAAAAUCAAAUUUUGAUUAACGAAGAUCUCGAUACCCAGCUUACUGUUGCUAAAUUUAAACUGAAUGAGGUUCUCCAGAAGCUAUCAUCUCUUGAAGUAGAAUUUGAGGAUAAAAAUCACUGUUGUGAAGAAUUAGAAGCUACAUGUUUAGAGCUUCAGCUCCAACUAGAAAGUGUUGCCAACAACGAAAUUCCGAUGGACAACGUUAAUCAAGAGGAGAAGAUGGAGGAGAAGAUGCUCCAAUCUGGUUGGGAGAUCAAAGCUGCAUCAGCAAAGUUGGCUGAGUGCCAAGAAACCAUCGUAAGCCUCGGGAAACAAUUAAAGGCACUCUCUUCAUCAAAGGAAACAACAGUUCUUGAAAAGGUUCUCUCUACCACCAGCAGCACCACCACCAAUAAUAAGACCCUGAGCCAACGCUCAUCUCUACGUGAUCGCAUGCUAGCCGAGGACGGUGUUGGAGCAGAGUAUCUGGAGUCCGACAAUUGUGACACCUUUUGUGCUCCUGGUGCUCUUCUAGUACCUCAUGAAGCAAGUUUUGGUUCGAGGCACGGAACCAAGACAGCAGGCAUUGGGGCUCUGGCUAUUGUUCCUAGUAAGAAAGGGGGAGGAGGUGGUUUUCUGAGGAAGCUACUGCUGAGAAGGAAGAGAUGGAGCGGCAAGAGGACAUCCUCUCCUUUGCCGCGCAAACAAUAAAAAACCAGCAGUGUUCAAGGUUUGCUUGUCAAUAGUUUUAAUGUUUUUUCUUUCCACCUUGUUGGUUAGGAAUAGUUAAAUGUUGUGGAGAGGCUUGUAUAGUAUUGCAAGUGUUAGUGAUGAGAGUGGGGCUUGUAUGGUGUUGCAAGUACUACUGCUGAUGCACGUACCUGGAUGGCGACACAUUCGGGAGCAAUGGCACCGAGACGUGGUGGUUACCGGGCGUAGCGUUCGACAGAGAAGUGUAUUUAGCUGCAGCAGAUGAUGGAAGUGGGCAGGAGAAGCAGAGUGGCAAUGGAGGAAGAUAGCUCAGCUUAGAAGCUGGGAAGAAGAGGAAUGAAGAAAGUAGUUUUUGCGCAUGCAACUUCUAUUUAGUCUUGUAAACAGAUGCUUAAGUUUUAUAAUAAGUCUUGCAAAGCUCCCCUUUAGCA